GGGCUGAGGACACGAUGUCGGGCGCCUCCCGCGGACUGUUCUGGGCCGCCACCUGCCUCGCCGCGCUCUGCCUGUCGGCCGCGCAGAGCAACAGCAGCGCAUCUCCCAACGUGACUGACCCGCCGACCACGACCAGCAAAGUGGUCCCGACGACGCUCACCACCACCAAGCCGCCAGAAACCUGUGAGAGCUUCAACAGCUGUGUUUCCUGUGUCAACGCCACCUUGACUAAUAAUAUUACCUGCGUCUGGCUAGAUUGCCAUGAAGCAAAUAAGACCUAUUGUUCAAGUGAAUUAGUAAGUAAUUGUACCCAGAAGACCAGUACUGACUCCUGUUCUGUAAUACCUACCACCCCAGUGCCAACCAAUUCUACAGCUAAGCCUACAACUCGGCCUUCCUCUCCUACACCUACUCCCUCAGUUGUCACAUCAGCAGGUGCAACAAAUACCACUGUGACUCCAACCUCACAGCCUGAGCGGAAGUCCACCUUUGAUGCAGCCAGCUUCAUUGGAGGAAUCGUCCUUGUCUUGGGUGUGCAGGCUGUAAUUUUCUUUCUCUAUAAAUUCUGCAAAUCUAAAGAACGAAAUUACCAUACUCUGUAAACAGACCCAUUAAAUUAAUGUGGACUGGCAGUUAACUUGUGUAACUCAACUGAAACCAAAAUAUUCCAGAAGUCCCACAUGGAAGACGCUGUUCCAGGACCUUUACAUUUCCAGAGGAUGCAUACAGGAUAUUGUGGAGCACUAUCCUUGAAGAAAAGUCAGUUAAACCAUUUUGCUCAACAGGAAUAUUUAAAAUAUUCUGCAUGAAUCCAUAUGGCUGUCGUCUUUUGUUUAAAAUGGCUGCUGCUGUGGGAUUGUGUUUUUCCCUCUGACAUGCCAAAUGUAACUUCCUGUAAGUUAUGGAAAGUGCUGUCCUGUGCAGGCAGCUUCUGACUCUGCAGUCUAAAUGUAGUCCCUAGCAACCUAGAGUCUGUUAUUUUCGUCCUAACUUGAGAUGUCACUUAGUGGCCAGAAUUGAGAAGAGUGCCAAGUGACCACCCGUCAAGCAGAUUGAGGGCCAUCGCUUCAGACAUGGAUUAAAUUUAUUUAGUUCUAAACUACCCCUAGAGUAAAAUUUUGUGCUUGAUAAAUUGUAUUUUAUAUAUUAAAAAUAAGAUGCCACACGGCAUUCCAGACUUAGAAUAAGGAAAAGGAUACAUAGACAGUAAUACGCAGCAGGUCUUGUUCAUACUCAUAAAGUACCAUAUUAAGAAAUAGAACAGUGCCUUAAGACAGACCAAGAUGUCAGCAGAACGGAAAAUGUGUUCACACUGGGAGGCAAAGCUUGGUCUGAGAAUGUAAUGUUGGUGUGAGCAGCAGAAACCUGCUUUUAGAUAACAUACUGUUAAUAUUUAAUUAAAACCAUUGGUUUUUCCAGAGCUGAGAACUAGAAGCUAAAGAAUAAUUCUAAGCUGAAAGGCUUCCUUCUAUCAAACCAUCUAACAUUUUCUUAGGGCUAUUGAAUAGAUAUAAAAUCGAUUUCUCUUUCUCUCUGUACACAGUGUAUCCAAAUAUUAUACCUUAAGGAUUCCUACCAGGUUUUCCUGAGAAGUAGCUUUUAUGUGAGGCAAGAAAGAAGUAGGUUGUAGGUAGAAUCAUUUUCUAGUUCUUUAAAUGAGACAAUCACUUUGUUUUCUAAUAGUUGUGAUCUGUGUAGCUUAAAGAAACCUUAGGGUUUGCAAGAGAUUGCUAUAGAUUUCCAGUGAUGAUGCCCUGGCUGAAUAGGCUUGUCUCUCCUUUAGCCUGUACCUCUUUUCUUCCUCCUUGGUUUCAGUCCCCAUGUGCUAUAAUCAUGCAAACUUUUAUUUCAAUAGCUUCUGUCAAGCACUAAGUUUGCAGUCCUGGGGUCGCUUCCCCCUUGCCUCUGACACACUGCACUAGUCUAGAGGGUGUCAUUGGAAAUAGGCUUUGGUUUCCUGCCUCAUGCAAGUGUGUGCUUGCUUGUUUGUUUAGAGUAGCACAGUUUAGCACUUGGUUUCCAGGGUUUUAUAAUAGAAAAGGCAGUUUGAUGUGAAUUGGUUCAUAAAGUGAAACGAAUGACGUCUCUAUUUCCUUGUCACUUGCUGGUACAGCUGAAGUUUGUUUUACUUGCACAUUUGUACAUAUAUCUAAUGUUUUCAAGUGCCUUACUUGUUUAAACUCUGGCUUCAGAGGUUUUGGGGGAAAGAUAGGUUUACCUCACAGUUAGUUUCCAUUAUAAUCUAGGUUCCUCACACAAAUCUAUUUCAGUGCCAUGGCUGUUAGUUUUCAGUGAGUGCUCAAGUUCUUUUGAAAGUACACAGAAUUCCCAUUCCUUAAAAAGGUGGCAAAAUCAGUUUGUCAUUUGCUUCCAUGUGACUCCUUGCACCAUAUAAAUGUCAGCGUAUGUAACAAGUUUUAUGAGAAUGUAACUUAAUUUGAAGGUCCUGUAAUUUUGAGCACUGCUCUAACACUGUAGGAAGUUAGUGACAGUUUGCAGGUCUCUACAUAAGCUCUCGCCACAGAGUUCACAGCUGCCCUGACUCUUUCCCAUUUUUGUUUAGCAAGGUAGUAUUUUGAGCCAUCAGUGAUUUUGGGUUUUUUAAUCCAGAAGGUAUGUAGAAACCUUUCAGAGUUUUCAUCUGAUUUGUCCGGAGGCUCUAGUUCUGUCAAAUACCUUAUUUCACCUUUCCUAUAUUUGCUGCACAAGCAGACACUGCUGUACUUAGAAAUUUCUAUUUGAGUUCAUUAAAAAACUACAAAACUAAUGUGUAUGCGUAUCAAACUGAUUUAAAAUAAAUAUGUUUAUUAGUCUCUUGA